GGAAUAAAAUACUGUCAAAAUCAAAUGCGAUGGCAAAGUGACGCUAUCGUUUCCAACUUUUUGUUAAAGAAAUACUAAUAUAAACAUACAAAGGAUAUUGUUUCUAAAGUCCAAUUACAUUUUUAUACCUUACAGGUUGAGUUCUCCGUAUGGCAACACCAGGUUACAAACAGAACAUAUCAAUGUCUAUGCCAAGUCCGCAGAACAAUCCGCACUACAUGAUUGCGGGACCCCCAAUGAGUUUCGGUAUGAUGAAAGGCGGUAUGAAUGCACCGCCACAUAACCAAUACCAGUACCACCCGCAAUACCAAGGUGGGCCAGUGUCCCACGGGGGCUUCGGAGGGUGGCCGCCUCCACAACAACCGCGUUUCGCUGCAGAGAAUGCAAGGAGAGCCACCUCGGGGGGCGGGGGCGCCACCACGCAGGCCUCAAAGGAUGAUAAAACCAGUCCAUUUAUAUCUACCGUGCAUUCACAUCCUGGAUUUCAGCCACAAAAGAUCGGAAAAGGAUCUGGUGUAGGUUCUUCCCUACCAAAGCCACCGAAGGCUCCGGAGAAGCCACUAAUGCCGUACAUGCGUUACUCUCGUCGUGUCUGGGACAGUGUGAAAGCUGCUCACCCAGAUCUGAAGCUAUGGGAAAUUGGCAGAAUUAUCGGUGGCAUGUGGAGGGAUUUACCUGAAUCGGAGAAAGCUGGAUUUGUUGAUGAAUAUGAAGCUGAGAAGUCUGAGUACGAAAAGAGUUUGAAGGCUUACCACAACUCGCCGGCGUAUCUCGCAUAUAUCGCGGCGAAAAACAAAGCAGUAGUAGUAGGUAAUCUAGAAGAUGAAAGCUCAAGCAAGAAAGGAAGCUCACAGAAGGAACAGCAGCAACAAGACAGAAGAAUUGAUAUACAACCAGCGGAAGAUGAAGAAGAUCAAGAUGAGGGUUUAUCAGUGAAGCACGUGGCAUACGCACGAUAUCUACGGAACCAUAGACUUAUAAAUGAAAUAUUCUCAGACACGGUCGUGCCUGACGUCAGGUCUGUGGUCACUACCGCUAGGAUGCAAAUCUUGAAGAAACAAGUGCAGUCAUUGACAAUGCAUCAGACAAAAUUAGAAGAUGAAUUACAACAGAUAGAAGAGAAGUUCGAUGCAAAGAAGAGAAAGUUUAUUGAGAGCAGUGAGACAUUCCAAGAAGAAUUAAAGAAGCACUGCAAGCCAGCUGUGGACGAGGAGACAUUCCAGCGCAUGGUGGAGCGCGCCGUGGAGCAGCUGAGGCGCGGCGGACAGCCGCAGCCCCUCGCGCCACACCUCACACCUCACCUCGCCACUAGAAAGGAGGAGCCAAUGGAACAAGAUACAAAUCAGAUAAAAUCUGAAGCAAAUGGUCCGAACCCGCCCACACAAGUGGAUAAAGUUUCCACUACGGAGGUGAAGCCUGACAGCAGCACUACCACGGAGCUGAACAAGCCUGAAGAAGAAGCCGCUAAAGAACCUCCAGCUGAAGCUGCCCCUAGUGUACCUGAAGUUGAAAAUAAAGAAGAGAAGCCAGUGGAACUGAAAGUAGAAGCGAAAGAGCCUGUGGCCACGCCCCCAGCCGCCCCCGCGCCCGGCCCAGCCCCCGGCCCCGCCCCCGGCGUGCCGCAACCCCCGCCACAGCACAUCACCUCGCCGCCACACCACUCGAUGAUGAUACCGCCGAACGCGAACGCUCCGCCCCACCAGGGACCUCCCCACGCCGGCCCGCCCCCGCCCCCGGGCGGCGGCUACGGACCGGGCUACGGCGGGCGGUACUACGGCGGCUACGGCAGCGGCUUCCCCCCCGGAUACUACUACACGGGGGAGCACUACGCGCAUAUGCCGCACGCGCAUAUGCCACACCAUGCACCACACCCCGCACCCCACCCUGCGCCUCAUACCGCCCCCCACCACCUCAAACCGGAGGAAUCACAAGUAAAGAAAGAGGGCGAAUGAUUGUCACCUAAGCGCGUCGUCAAACGACGUCGCAAAUCCUCGCCGAAGGAACAACAGUGAACAGUGUGUACAUUGACGAAACAUGUACAGAAACAUCCGUUAUGUUUUUGUAUACUAGUGUUUUCAGUUAUAUUGACUCCUAGUGUUUGUGAAGUGUCAACAUUGAACAUAAAUAUAGAAGUAAGUUUAAGAUAAAAUUGGAUGUGAAAUAUAAUUUAAA